AUGUCAGAAGGUAUGUCUUAUAAAGUUUUUAAGGUGUUAGGAGACCACAUAUCUAACGAUAUAGAACCCGAGGAUGUGAAUGGGCUGAAGUCUAGACGACGGUUAGUCGCCCAGUAUACUGUUCCAAAGGAUAUGGUCGAUGAGCUGGUAGAUGAUGAUGAUGAUUUUGACCCCUUGGCUGACAGAGUGAAGAAGAAGACAAUUGCCGACAGAGAGACUAGCUAUCAAAAAAGACGGUUUAACAGAGAAUUAUCGCCAGAGCGAGGCCAAACAGAAAAUGGAGAAGUUGAUGAGUCCAGAAGAUAUGAGGAGAUAAUGGAAGAACGAGAGCUAGAAAGGGAGGAGAAGAGGGUUACUGAACUAAUCGCAAGAAAAAAACAGGAAGAAGCUGAAUCUGAGGGUGCUACGAUUGAUGGCGACCGGACUCCCCCUCCCGGGGAUCGGACGCCACCACCUGAAGAUACCACUCCUCCUCCAGAACCAGCCAGGAAGAGACGAUGGGAUGUGGGUCCCGCCGACAUAAAGGAAUCCACUCGAGUAGGUGUAAAGAAAUCUCGCUGGGAUCAACCUCCAAAUGAAGUAGCAUCAAUGGUGAAGGUUAGAAAAUCUCGCUGGGAUCAACACCCUGGACCUCAAACUGAAACUCCAACAAUAGCGUCUCCGGAGGAAGAAGAAGAUUCAGUUAAAUCUUUAUUUACUAACGAACUUCUUGAUAAGUUGCUUCCUUCCGAUGGAUAUGUAAUUGCCACCCCACCUGCAAAUUAUGUUCCUAUUCGUAUAACAGCACACAAAUUACUAUCAGAUCCGUCUAACUCGGGCGGCACGAAUGGUUUUGUUAUGCUAGAAGAUAACAGUGCAUUAGCCAUGGCCGAAGCAUCAAAGGAAUUACCAACUGAAAUUUCAGGAAUUGGUGAAUUACAAUAUUUCAAAGAAAGCGAUCGAAAACAUUUCUCAAAGCUGCUUGAAACAACCGAUCCAAACUCUCUUUCUGUAGAUGAACUCAAAGAGCGUAAAGUAAUGAAGCUUUUAUUAAAGAUUAAAAACGGCGCACCGCCUGUGAGGAAGUCUGCAUUGCGCCAGUUUACAGAUCAGGCCAAAUAUUUUGGACCAAAGAUUUUGUUCAACCAGAUUCUUCCAUUACUAAUGGAAGGGUCACUGGAAGACCAGGAACGGCACAAUCUCGUCAAAGUUAUUGAUCGUGUACUAUACAAAUUAGGGGAUUUAAUUCGUCCUUAUACACACAAGAUUCUAGUUGUAAUCGAGCCAUUACUCAUUGACGAAGAUCUGUAUGCUCGAGCAGAAGGUAGAGAAAUUAUCUCAAACCUAUCUAAAGCGGCUGGAUUGGCACACAUGAUUGCCACUAUGAGGCCAGAUAUCGACCAUGACGAUGAAUACGUUCGUAACGCAACUGCACGUUCCUUUGCGAUUGUAGCUAGUACUCUAGGCAUUCCAAGCUUGCUUCCCUUCUUGAAAGCAGUCUGUCAUUCUAAGAAGAGUUGGCAGGCAAGACAUACAGGCGUUAAAAUUGUCCAACAAAUUGCGAUUCUAAUGGGAUGCUCCAUUCUCCCCCACUUGGAGGGACUAGUAAGUUGUAUAGGGGAUGGGCUGACUGAUCAGGAGUUAAAAGUCCGUAUGAUUACAGCAUUGGCUUUAUCAUCGUUGGCUGAAGCCGCCACUCCAUACGGAAUAGAGUCAUUUGAACAGAUUUUACAACCACUUUGGAGCGGUGUUCGUAGACACAGGGGUAAAGGACUGGCUGCUUUUAUUCGAUGUAUAGGAUUUAUUAUUCCCUUGAUGGAUCCUGAGUAUGCCAAUUUUUACACUCGUGAAGUUAUGAAUAUACUACUUAGAGAAUUUAAUUCUCCUGAUGAAGAAAUGAAAAAGACUGUUUUGAAAGUCAUACAACAAUGCGCGGGCACAGAAGGUAUCACGCCGCAGUAUCUUCGUGAAGAGGUGCUGCCACCUUUUUUUAAGAAUUUUUGGGUGCGUCGUCUGGCUUUGGAUAGAAGAAACUUUCGACUUGUAGUCGACACUACAGUUGAAUUAGCACAAAAGGUUGGGGGUGCAGAGAUUAUCGAGCGUAUAGUGGACAUUUUGAAGGACGAAUCCGAGCCCUUUAGAAAGAUGGCUGUAGAGACGGUCGAUAAGGUCAUAAGUAGUUUAGAUGCCAACGAUAUCUCUGGUAGGACAGAAGAGCGCCUUGUUGAUGGUAUUUUGACAGCUUUCCAAGAACAAACUGUAGAAGACCCUGUCAUUUUGAAUGGAUUCGGUACCACUGUGAAUGCGCUUGGGUAUAGGACUAAGCCAUACAUCCCACAGAUUGUCAGUUCGAUUCUUUUCCGACUAAGCAAUCAAUCACCUGCCAUUCGCCAGCAGUCUGCUGACCUAAUUGCAAGAAUUGCAGUUGUUAUGAAAAAAUGUGACGAGGAUGUGCUAAUGGGUAAACUGGGACAAAUAUUAUAUGAACAACUAGGUGAGGAGUACCCAGAUGUUUUGGGGUCGAUUCUUGGUGCUUUGAGAAGCAUUGUAGCUGUGGUUGGUCUAAACUCGAUGCAACCUCCUAUAAGGGACUUGCUUCCUAGGUUAACACCCAUUCUACGAAAUCGUCAUGAAAAAGUGCAAGAAAAUGCCAUUGACCUGGUGGGCCGUAUUGCUGAUAGAGGUUCUGAGUUUGUUAGUGCCCGUGAAUGGAUGAGAAUUUGUUUUGAGCUUCUAGACAUGUUAAAGGCUCCGAGAAAGUCGAUCCGUCGAGCUGCUAACAAUACUUUUGGUUAUAUCGCUAAAGCAAUCGGUCCACAGGAUGUUCUUGCAACUUUACUGAGCAACUUGCGGGUCCAGGAAAGACAGUCGCGUGUUUGUACUGCAGUUGCUAUAGGAAUUGUCGCAGAAACAUGUGCGCCCUUUACAGUUUUGCCAGCAUUGAUGAACGAGUAUAGAGUUCCCGAGCUCAAUGUUCAACAUGGUGUUUUAAAAUCCAUGACAUUUAUGUUUGAAUAUGUGGGAGACAUGGCUAAAGAUUAUAUUUAUGCGGUAGUUCCUCUGAUUGAAGAUGCUUUAACUGAGAGAGAUUUGGUACAUCGUCAAACAGCUGCAACUGUUGUAAAGCAUCUUGCUCUUGGCUGUGUUGGUCUCGGGUGUGAAGAUGCAAUGAUCCACUUUUUAAAUCUUAUUUUUCCAAAUAUUUUUGUUACCUCGCCUCACGUAAUUAAUCGUCUUCUUGAGGGUAUUGAUGGGCUACGAAAUUCACUAGGAGUAGGUGUUACUAUGAACUAUAUCUGGGCUGGCUUGUUCCAAGCUGCUAAAAAAGUAAGGACUCCAUAUUGGAGAAUGUAUAACUCCGCCUACGUUCAAAGCGCAGAUGCCAUUGUCCCGUAUUACCCCGAGUUAGAAGAACCAGAGUACCAUAGGCACGAACUAGAUAUUUGGAUUUGA